CAGAAAAAACCUUACCCUCUCGUAGCCAAAUCAUCUCAAGCAAUGAAGAUCACCUUGCUUGCCCUCUUCCUUGUCUUCGCCUUCACCUCAACCCAAGCUGAUUUAGUGCUUGACACUGAAGGCAACCCCGUCGGAAAUGGCGGCUCAUACUACAUCCUCCCAGCUCGUCAGGGAAACGGCGGCGGCAUGGGUGUCGCCGCUACUGGAAAGGAAUCUUGCCCUCUCACCGUUGUCCAGACCACUUCUGAACAAUCCAACGGCUUACCCACCAGACUUUCAUCUCCAUACAGAAUCGCAUAUCUCCCUACAAAUUUCAUUAUGGAGUUCACGGUCAUUGCACCUCCAACGUGUGCUGAGAAGCCGGCGACAUGGACGAUUGUGGGCAGAGAAGAUGAGACAAGGGAAGUGAAACUUGUCGGGCACCAAAACAUCGUGCGUGCUUCUUUUAAAAUUCGGACCUAUCAUGGUACGACGUAUAAGAUGGUGUUCUGUCCCAGUGAUGAAGAAUAUUCUUGUGCAGCUCUUGGGAUUUCCAAGGAUGAGAAAGGAAACAGGCGUUUGGUUAUUGAUGAUGACAACCCUUUCGUUGUUGUGUUUCACAGAGCUGGAUCAUCGAACUGCUGGAUGAAAGAGCGUACUCUAUCGAAAUGGUGAUGAAGCGACAACUUGUUGCAAACAGUUAAUAUAACUCCUUGCACUUAUCAAAUAAUAAAUGAAAUAAUGCUUCAUGUGCCUUCCUUUUCUUCAUGUGUAUCUGAAGUCUAAAAUCAGUAAAAUUAUACAUCUCAA